AUGUCUGCUUCCAACAGCAGCAACUCCCUCCCAACUACCAUAUUCUUGACAGGUAUUCCAGGACUAGAGCCUGUCUACAUGUGGAUCUCCAUUCCCUUCUGUGCUAUGUAUCUGGUAGCUCUGAUUGGGAACUUAAUCCUCAUCUUGAUCAUAUCUACUGAUCACAGCCUCCACACACCAAUGUACCUCUUCCUGUGUCUACUCUCAGUCUCAGACUUAGCCCUCAGUUCUACAACUGUACCUAAAAUGUUAGCAAUCCUUUGGCUUCAUGCUGGUCAGAUCACUUUUGGAGACUGCCUGGCCCAGAUGUUCUUUGUGCACUCAAUAUUUGCUCUAGAGUCUUCUGUUCUCCUGGCUAUGGCAUUUGAUCGCUAUGUGGCCAUCUGCAACCCACUGAGAUAUACAACCAUCCUCAAUCAUGGUGUCAUUAUCAGAAUUGGCCUUGCUGGACUAAUUAGGAGUGUGGCUAUUGUCUCUCCAUUCAUCUUCCUGUUGCGGAGGCUCCCUUACUGUGGGCACCACAUUAUGGCACAUACAUACUGUGAACACAUGGGCAUUGCUCGGCUAGCUUGUGCUGAUAUCACGGUGAAUAUUGUCUAUGGUCUGACUGUGGCUCUCUUGGCUAUGGGACUGGAUUCUGUUCUCAUAGCAGUAUCUUAUUGUAUCAUUCUCCAUGCUGUAUUCCGUCUUCCAUCCCGUGAUGCACGACGCAAGGCUCUAGGAACAUGUGGGUCCCACAUUGGAGUCAUCCUUGUUUUCUAUAUUCCUGCUUUCUUCUCUUUUCUCACCCACCGUUUUGGCCGCCACCGUGUCCCCAAGCAUGUCCAUAUCUUUUUGGCCAACCUAUAUGUGUUGGUGCCACCUGUGCUCAAUCCCAUCAUCUAUGGAGUGAAGACCAAAGAGAUCAGGACACGACUUUUGAGGCUAAUGUCUCUGGGUCAAGACUUUCUUUGA